AUGCCGCACGCUCCAUACCGGAGCGCAGCGCUCCCCGCAGCGCUCGACAGCCACCGGCACGCGAAGCAGCUCGGGGCUGAGCCGUGCGGGCACCGGGAGCAGGGGGUGGCCGUGGACAAUUGUCUUCUCCAAUGCAGCCAUGGAAAUAAAGAAGUGUUCUCCUGCCGAGGUAUCCUUCUGGCUGUACAGUGGUUUUGGGACAGAGGACACAAGGAUAUUACAGUCUUUGUGCCAUCUUGGAGGAAAGAACAGCCACGACCAGAUGUACUUAUAACAGACCAGUACAUUCUCCGUGACCUUGAAAAGAAGAAAAUUCUGGUCUUCACUCCUUCCAGGCGAGUUGGAGGCAAGCGAGUUGUCUGUUACGACGAUCGAUUCAUUGUGAAACUGGCCCAUGAGUCUGAUGGCAUUGUGGUUUCUAACGACACUUACCGGGACCUGCAGAAUGAGCGUCCUGAGUGGAAGAAAUUCAUUGAGGAGCGUCUGUUGAUGUAUUCUUUUGUAAAUGACAAGUUUAUGCCUCCAGAUGAUCCUUUAGGGCGACAUGGCCCCAGCCUGGAUAACUUUCUGAGAAAGAAACCUGUGGUGCCAGAACACAAGAAACAGCAGUGCCCUUAUGGGAAGAAAUGCACUUAUGGAAUUAAGUGUAAAUUCUACCACCCUGAAAGGAUCAAUCAGCCCCAGCGCUCGUUAGCAGAUGAACUCCGAGCCAAUGCAAGGUUGUCUCCCACCAGAAGUAGCAGUGCUGCCAAGGAAGAGAAGAAGGGCAAGAAAGCUUCCCAGGCAGAGCUCUUGUGCUCUGCGCCAACAGACUGUGAUAAAAGCUCCCUGCAGAAGGUCUCUGCAGAGAGGAAAAGCUUGACUCAUAAAGCAAAACCCAGCGAUGUGCCGCUUCAGGUCACGGGCUCUGUGUCAGGAGGUGUCCCCCCUAAUAACGGGAGCCACAGAUCUUCUGACAGGUACCAGCCUCCUCCCGUGGACUCUCUCUCGUACAUCUCUCAGGAGCACCUCGACUCGGGCAUCGGGUCUCUGGAGAGCCAGAUGUCUGACAUGUGGCCUUACCGGUGUGCGGGUCCCUGCGACCACGCGCACGCGGAGCAGGCGGCGUGCGCCUGCGCGCGGCAGAGAGCCAGCUACCCGCCGUCCCCCGGCGUGGAGCACAACGGCCUGCUCCCCUACAAGCACGGCUCCCACAAAUCCCCCUCCUCCAGCACCCCCUUCUUGCAGUACAGCCCCGAGGUGCCUCGCUCGGGGCCGCCUCGCUCCUUCUCGGGCUACGGAGUGCCCGUUCACCCGGCGAACUGGGCCCUCUCCGACCAGUUUGCAGAGGAGAGGGCCAACGUGCACGUCAAGCUGUGCGGCAUAUUCCAUCCCCAUUUAGUCGAUGCCGUGAUGAGCCGUUUCCCCCAGCUUUUGGAUCCCCAAAGGUUAGCUGCAGAAAUACUCACGUACAAGUCUCAAAACCCAGGCAUAUGAGCGGGUGCUGAGGGGAGCCAGGCCUGCC